CGCCGCUGAGUUAGCAGACGAUGCACGAUUUUGGUGGUUUCUCAGACAUAGCACGGCACAGCGCAGCUCGCUCACUCAUCCUCCCAGAAGAUCCGUAACUUGGUCGCAUUCCCUAUCCUGACCACGUCCCUCCACAUCCCUCCAACCCCUCCAAUCCCGACCCAUCACACCGUUACUGCGGGCCAAGGGCAACAGUCAUAGCUAUUUAAUCCAUUGCGCGCCUGUCUAAGAUACACGGAGCCUCAACCUACUCUCGCUCUCCUCGCUCGUCCAUCAUCCAACGUUCCGAUUCUCUCUGUGUUCCUCCAGCGAUACCCCUUUUGCUUAGGAGACUGUAAACUUUGUGACGAACGCCCAACCAAAAGUUAACUUUGCGCUUCCCUCGGUGGAACGAGCACCGACCAACUCCCAAAACACCAUCCCUCACCAGACCAUCCCUCGUCCCGUAACCCCGCAAUCCAUCCAUCAUGGCCGGCACUGAGGGCAAAAGCAACCUUUCCUUCAUCCUCAACAAGCCCCACGACGUCGAGUUCGCCGAGCGCCCCAUCCCCAAGCUUUCCGAUCCCCACGAAGUCCUCGUCGCCGUCAACUACACUGGUAUCUGCGGCUCCGAUGUCCACUACUGGGAGCACGGCGCCAUCGGCCACUUCGUCGUUAAGGACCCCAUGGUCCUUGGCCACGAGUCCGCCGGUACCGUUAUCCAGGUCGGCGAGAACGUGAAGAACCUCGUAGUCGGCGACCGCAUCGCUCUCGAGCCCGGCUACCCCUGCCGUCGCUGCGGAGACUGCCUUGCUGGUCACUACAACUUGUGCCCCGAAAUGCGCUUUGCCGCGACUCCCCCCUACGAUGGCACGCUUGCCGGUUUCUGGACCGCACCCUCCGACUUCUGCUACAAGCUGCCCGAUAACGUCUCCCUGCAAGAGGGAGCUCUGAUUGAGCCGCUGGCCGUCGCCGUUCACAUCACCAAGCAGGCCCAGAUCACCCCUGGCGCCUCUGUUGUCGUUAUGGGCGCCGGCCCUGUUGGUCUGCUCUGCGCCGCCGUAGCGAAGUCGUUCGGUGCCACCAAGGUUGUCAGCGUCGACAUCGUCCAAUCCAAGCUUGACUUCGCCAAGGAUCUCGCCUCUACUCACACCUACCUCUCCCAGCGUAUCUCCGCCGAGGAGAACGCCAAGGCUCUCAUCAAGCAAUGCGAUCUCGGCGCGGGAGCCGACUGCGUCAUCGACGCCAGCGGCGCUGAGCCCUCUAUCCAGACCAGCUUGCACGUUGUCAGGAUGGGUGGCACCUACGUCCAGGGUGGCAUGGGCAAGUCCGACAUCAACUUCCCCAUCAUGGCUCUGUGCUUGAAGGAGGUUACUGCCCGCGGCAGCUUCCGCUACGGCCCUGGCGACUACAAGCUCGCCAUUGACCUCGUCGCCAAUGGCAGGGUCAACGUGAAGAAGCUUAUCUCCGGCAUUGUUGAGUUCAAGCAGGCCGAGGAGGCUUUCAAGAAGGUCAAGGAGGGCCAAGUCAUCAAGAUCCUCAUCGCCGGCCCCAACGAGAAGGUCGAUGGAACCUUCAGCACAGAGGUGGACCCCAAGAAGGCAGCCGAGAACGGCAGCCAGGGCGGAUGCUGCUGAGCGAUCGGUGGAUACCUCCAAAGUUAAAUAGAAAAGCAAUGACCGGUGAGCGGAUGAAAUCGAAAAAAAAAAAGGGCGUCAUGGGCGGGUUUGUGAUGGGUUUCUGGCGCAUGCAGCAUGUAAGGGUUUUGAUGAAGCGGGGUGAGGGGCACAACAGUGUAUGUUUGCAUUGGAUAUGAUCAAGGAAAGAUACAAUCACUUUUUGCACUUCAUGAGCUUAUUCCCAUGCUCUUCAUCCCG